GAGUUACAUCCCUUGAAAGAUUACUUGUGGAUCAGAAAAAAAGGCAAAAUGUCUCAAACUUUCCGUGUUUUGACGCGUUCGUUUUCGUCGUCAGCUGCGAGACAUGCUGCAAUAAAAAAUGUAACAAUUAUAGGAGGCGGUCUUAUGGGUGCUGGUAUUGCUCAGGUGGCAGCAUCUACAGGACACAAUGUUGUCCUGGUAGACACAUCAGACGAUAUCUUAAAGAAAUCAAGAGCAAACAUUGAGAAAAGUCUUCAGAGAGUAGCCAAGAAAAAGUUUGCAGAAAAUCCAAAGGAUGGUGAAGCAUUUAUAGCAGAUGUGACUGGUAGAUUAAGUACACAAACAGAUGCAGCUAAAGCAGUGAAAAAUGCAGAUCUUGUAACAGAGGCCAUAGUCGAAAAUCUUGACGUUAAGAAACAGCUUUUCUCAUCACUAGACAAGGCAGCUCCUGCGCAUACCAUUUUCACAAGUAACACAUCUUCCAUUCCCAUCAAAGAAAUAGCUGUGUCAACGUCCAGACUUGAUAAAUUUGGCGGUCUUCAUUAUUUUAACCCUGUGCCAAUGAUGAAACUGUUGGAGGUGAUAAGAAUACCAGAAACAAGUGACGAGACAUUCAACGCACUACUUGCCUUUGGUAAAGCAAUGGGAAAAGUAACAGUCAACUGUAAGGACACACCAGGGUUUAUUGUGAAUCGGUUGCUGGUGCCUUACAUGAUGGAGGCUGUACGCAUGGUCGAGAGAGGCGACGCAACCCCACAAGACGUGGAUACAGCAAUGAAACUAGGAGCAGGUUACCCCAUGGGACCAUUUGAACUUACAGAUUACGUAGGACUGGACACAUGCAAAUUUAUCUUGGAUGGGUGGCAUGAAAAGUUCCCAGGUCAUCCUCUAUUUGAACCCAGUCCUUUACUGAACAAAUACGUAGCUGAGGGUAAACUAGGCAACAAAGUUGGUGAAGGAUUCUACAAAUCAAAGAAAUAGAUCACCAAACUUUACUUAUUUGCAUCACUCUUCCAUGACUACUUGAAGUGAAAUCUAAAAAUGUAUUUUGCUAUAUGAAUUUGAACUAUGGAGUCAUUACAGCAGGAACAGCUCCCCAGCAAAGAAAAAAACUAAAGAAAUUUAAGUGUUAUAUCAUAUUAAAUUGAAUCAUGAAGGAUUUAAUCUGGUUCAGAUUUUCUUUUUAGUUAGAGCGAAGGGAUUUUUUUUUUGCAGUAAAAGUUUAAAGACAUUAUUUUAGAGUGUUGCUAGAUGAUUUCAUGUUCUUGAUGUAUAAAUUAAAGCAUCAUAUCUUUGAUUAA